AUGGAGGAACAGAGAAAGUUAAGCCAAAGGUAUGAAGACAGACCUCGGAAAGUGAGAUUUAAGAUCUCAUCAGCAUAUAGUGGUAGGGUCCUAAAACAGGUCUAUGAAGAUGGGCAGGAACUGGAGUCCCCAGAUGAAGAGUAUCCUCACAGUUUUCUGCAUGAUAGCUUUGAGUCCUCUGAACAUUAUUACAACCCUGGAGAAACACAUCCUCAGUUCUAUCCAACAGCUCGUCUGACAGCUCAGAGAAUAAGUGUUUUCAGAGAUGGCACCUCUUACAGAUUAGCUGGAGACCCCAAGUUUUCUGGAUGUCAUGGAAUGGGCAAGAGUGAUUCCGAUGUAAUAGACUUUGGCAAAAUCAUAAUUUAUACUAGUAAUUUGAAGAUUAUAAAAACCCCUGUUAUCAACACAGAAGAGUCAGAAAAUACAAAAUGGUCACCAGGAAGAAGACGGCGAGCGGGCCAGAGAGAUUUAUGUCCUACAGCUAAUAACAGCUAUGAGAACAGUCUGGUCCAACAGCACACCCAGGAAGAAGAGGCCCCGGAGUGCUCUCAGUGCAAGGGCUCUGGUUGUGCCCCUUGUUCUCUGUGUCAUGGGAGCAAGUUCUCCAUGUUAGCCAACCGCUUUAAAGAGUCUUACCGCGCUCUUCGCUGUCCUGCUUGUGACGAGAAAGGAUUGCAGCCCUGCCAGAUGUGCACCGAUGAGACAGAAGAAUUUGGAUGACCAUUAUCUCCUCAUUCAU